CAACAUGCCCAAAACUGUGCGUCGGUCACUGAAAGACACUUCUCCGGUUUCUUUGGAUGAGGUGGAGGAGCCACCUUCAAAACGACAAAGGAGUGCAGUAGCUUGUAAAAGAUGUCAUGAUCAUAAGGUGAAAUGCACUGGAGGCAAUCCGUGUAACAGCUGUGCUCAACAACCCCCGGGCACUGAAUGUGUUUACCCAAAGAGAGAUCGAAAAGUUCCUGUUCAGGAGAGCUACCUGAACUGGCUAGAACAAGAAGUCAAACUUCUCAGAGGAGGCAAAGAAGGCUCAGAAGAAGAUGCAGUUAGACAAGAAUCACAAACUCAAUACACACCCGAAACCGUCGAGGAAGAUGGCGACUAUGCAGAACGAAUCGGCAACGUCGACGUUAACCUCAAAAAUCCUCUCAUGGAGGAUAAGGCCUGGUUCGUAACAGAUAGCGCAUCAUGGCAACCAAUCUACAUCGGCGAAGCGGCAUGUACAGCGUUUGGUACUCGAUUACGACAAUUCCUGAAUGGAAACGAUCCCGUCGCCCCUUUAUCGCGAUCCAAGUACUCCAAACACAAGGCGUUUUUGCGCAUGUCAGCCCCCAGAUUUCAGUUACCCAAUCGUGCUUAUGCUCAUUUAUUACUGAAAGUGGCUUUACGCUUCUUGGGGAAUGAUUAUCACUUGAUGCUACGCAAGUCGACUAUAGAGAAGAUGGAGGAGCUUUAUCGUACUGGUUCACUUGACGAUACGGUUUUCCUAUGCAAAUUGUUUGCGCUCUUCUCGAUGGGGGAAAUGUAUGCCAACAGACGGUUGGGUUCGACUAAGGGGUCCGAUAUCCCCGGUACUGGAUUCUUUGUGCAGGCAAUGAGUCUUACCCAGGAUAUGCAUGAGGAGCCUUCAGUUGUAUAUGUGGAAGCACUUUUGAUUAUUGCUUUAUAUUCACUGGCACUCAACCGAACCAGGUCAGCAUAUACCUACGCCGGAAUGGCUCUUCGCCUCUGCCUUACUCUAGGCCUACAUCACAAUGUCCCUGAGGGCUACGCCAUUUCUCCGGUUGAGAGAGAGAACCGUAUACGCGUCUGGUGGAGCGUGUAUAUUAUCGACCGCAUCACUAGCUCGAAAUUGGGCCACCCAGUCACUGUUCAAGACAGUGAUAUCGAUGUCGACCUGCCCUCAAUGGAGAAACUGAGCCCUACCGAACAAGAAGAAUUCUCUGAUCCGUCCCAUAUUAUUGCCCACGUCAAACUGGCAAGGAUCUCGGGCGAUAUCAUGUCUGAUAUUUACGGCCGCUCCAACCAAGCCAAGGCGUUUGUGCAAAGUGUACAGAAGAUCCUUCGCAACUUACGGUCGUGGGCGGAAACCCUACCCGAAAGUGUACAGAUAUCGCCGAGUCAGCCCUUCAGAUAUGCAUCGAGGAAUGUUGCCUCGUUGCAUCUAUGCUUUAACCAGUGCGUGAUACUAACCACCCGCCCAAUCCUCUUCCACGUCUUCAAAUCCUGUUUCCAAGGCCAAGGCGCCCCAACCGCAUCACCAACCACCAUGGCCCUAGCGGACGCUUGCAUCCAUGCCGCCCGCAGCUCCAACGGCCUCCUAACCCAACUCUGGAUUGACGGCGGAAUGGCAAUCUUCGGAUACUUUGACUCCCACUACCUAUUCUCGUCAACCAUCAUCCUAAUGAUGUCCAGCAUCCUCGGCACACACAACAGCGACGCAGAUCGGGAAGCCGCCGACACCGCAUCGGAUAUUAUGGAGUCACUGGUAAAAGACGGGAAUCUACCCGCAGCGGGCUUCUAUGAACAUUUCCUUGAAAUCCGUAAAACCCUGCUGGAGUUUACGGAGCGCGGUCAUAGUAAUGGGCCCGUACAGCUGAUGGAGCAUAUCCCAGAGCCAGUCAUGCCGGAGAAUGAUAUCAAUAAUGAAUUCUUGAAUCAGACUCUAUUGGGUGAUCCUUCUAUCCAGCACUUUUUGACUCAGGCGGAUUUUCAAUAUGGGUUUCCGAUGGGGAUGGAAAUGGCAGGUAAUAUGUUGAUUCCGCGGUCCUCAUUGUUUGAAUAGGUUGGAUGGUGUAUAUGUUAUGAUUUGAUGAUUUAUGACCGAUGAUAUGAUUAUGAUUUUAGGUUCCAAGGUUGGCUGUAUCUAGUUAUUGUUCCGUUUCCGGUGCCUUUUUGUGAUAUGUGUAUAUAGCGUAG